GUUAUCUGUCCGCGUAACUUAGCUGAGUACAAUCGCUCUGAUAGUGGACUAGUAGCGAGUGGAGAGCCGCACGAUAGCCUGUCCUCAUUGUGCGUGAAGAUGUUUGCCGAAUAUAUACCCUUCACGACCAAGUACUUCUAUCACGUGCUCGUCAUCGUCGUUUCAUUAGUUUUGUUUAAAAAAUUCUUCGAGCGACCGGCCGAGAGAACUGCACAAAGUGGCACACAUGCAUUUACGACAUCCGACGAAUCCGCGGAUCCGAGUGAAAAAAUGGACGAGACAGCAGGUAACGAAGAGCCGGCUUUACCACGUGAUCUCAAACACAUACCGUAUCGCUACGUCCGGAAGUCCGAAGAGGAGUUAUUGGCACGUGCGCUAGAAUUUUAUCAAAUAGCUGCGGCGAGGCGGACCAUAAGGUUCUUCAGCGCGGAUCCCGUCCCGAAGGAAGUUAUCCGUGAACUUAUAAGGGCUGCAGGUACUGCUCCCAGCGGCGCGCAUACGGAGCCAUGGACCUUUAUCGCGAUAUCCGAUCCGGCCACGAAAUUGAAAAUCAGAGACAUCGUGGAGCAGGAGGAGGAGAUCAAUUACAAGAAGAGGAUGGGCAUAAAAUGGACGACUGACUUGUCCCCGCUAAGGACCAACUGGAUAAAGGAAUAUCUCACCACAGCUCCGUACCUGAUACUUGUGUUCAAGCAAACUUACGGCGUCUUGCCAAACGGACAGAAAAGGAUUCAUUAUUAUCACGAAAUGAGCGUUUCUAUCGCGUGUGGGAUUCUCAUUACUGCUAUACAGUACGCCGGAUUGGUGACCCUCACAUCCACGCCGUUGAACUGUGGACCGGCUAUACGCAGCCUCCUUGGACGUCCAGCCUACGAUAAGCUCGUGUUACUUCUGCCGGUCGGUUACCCAGCCAAAGACGCCACUAUACCCGAUUUACGGCGGAAAGAUCUGUCCGAGAUCUUGGUCGAGAUCGAUUAACGAAAGUAUAAAACGCGACUUGUGUUUCAAGAGUACCGCUUGACGCGCUGGAAAAAGAAAUUCGGGUGAAUAUCCUUCACACUUGACAUGGAGAAAUCGAGAGUGGGAGUAUCUGAAAUAAAUAGUCCAACAUAGAUUUAUGUUAAUACUAUUUUUAUGAAAAAAUGUUAUAUUUUUCGGAUUAUUAACCUUUUUUCAUAUCUUACAUUACAUUUUUUUGUGGAUAGCAAUUAUUCACUAUAAUCGUAGAACGUAGUGCCCCUUGGCUUAAAACAUCGCUGCCAAUAUUACAAAGUAAUCGUAAUAUCCGAAAGAAAAGCUAAUCCCUGAAAUAUAGCACCUGUUCGUGAGUCGUUUGUUAUGUAUUUCUUUCUCCUGCAGAGAGAGAGUUGAAGAAGUAUACAAUGGCACGCAAUAAGACUGCUCUAAAACUUAAUGAUCCGGUUUGUAUAAACUAAUGUGUUUAUUUUCAAAUUUGCAUACAUAAUGUUAAAAGUAAGCGAUAUAAAAUAUAAAUCCAUCGCUCUAAUUGUAAGUCGAAAAAGGAGAACUUAAAAGUGAGUUCAAGUGUAUCUAACGGUACAGUUACAAUUAGGCGGUCGUAAAAUUGAUCAAAUCGAAAAAAAUGAGGUCUUGCUUUCUUUUUGCUUUACAUUAAUCAACGAAUACCAAAUAUCACCCACAGCGCCGUCUUAAAUUAAGUACAUUUAAUAUAUAAAAUAUAAAAAUACUGAGCUAUAAAUGACGAAGAACAUGUAGAAUAUAAUUUUCCUCCAGUACUGCAAGUCUGUAUAUGACAACUAUGUCCGCUACUAAUAGCUAUGUGUAAAAGCUUUUAGUAUCAUGAUACAUACAGAGAAACAGAUAAUAUUCUAUUUAUCACUAUUCAUGGAACAAAUACUAUUAAUAUCAUGAUCUAGAAUAUGAAUUCUUUCCUUUUCCGUAAUUCCUUUUUCCUAUGAGACCCGGCCCGGGCCAAGUCGAUAGCGAGGAGCUAAGAGUUGCCUUGAAAAUUCGAGAUCGCCAAAUUUUCGUUAAAUUUAAGAUACUGCAAAAGUUGUGAAAGCAACCGAAUUUCAAACAUCAUUGACUAAGAGUAGAGCAGAGUCUAGAACUAGGAGAGUAUUGUCCUAUUUAGCGAUCUUUAAUUAAAUCUCUAUUCGUUCGUUCGUUAAUAAUAUCGCUGUAAAGAGUAUGUAUAUAUAAUAUAUUUAUUUAUUUAUAUAUUUAUAUGUCAGUUUCUAAAAUGAGCAAAAAAUACACUUUGUUCAGUACGAAUGUAAAAUCUAACGUCGUCGGUAAAUCGAACUCCGCCUUUGUCUUUAAAAUUAGUAAUCUCUUUGUCCGUUCCGCUUAUGGAAUCUUACUAACAGCUGGGUUGCGACGUAUCUUUACACAUCUAUUCGUAGAAGCUACCUCGGUUAAAUUAUAAAUACGUGUUUCCUUACAUCUUUAUCUCGUUGAGAUCACCAGUGCCUGAGAUAUCUAAUGUAGUAACGCUAUAUAAACGUACCCUCCUAAUUUAUCAUUAUAAUUAACAUAAUUUAACGGGGAAUCGAUGGAUCGAUGCAAAUUUCGUAAUAAAUAGUAAUCGAUUAAGUUGA